AUGAACGACGUCUCAAGUCGCGUCCAAACGGCCGCCCUCCGGCUGUACCCAAUCGAGGUUGUGCUCCCGUCCCGACCACCUUCUCGCCAUGUCAUGACCCGCGGCCUCGGCCCGGCGUUGGCUCCGCUACAUAUCACCCCCGAGGACGAUUCGACGGCACGCAUCUCGAGUAAGGAAACUUGGUCCAGCCUGACACAGACCGGAACCACAAAGGUGCAGCUAUACUACAUUGUCCAUUGGACCGACUUGCCUGGUGCCUCGGUGCUUGUCCAGGCCGACAAGAUUCUUGACUACGUGUCACCGAGAACCGUUGAAGACUUCGAGUACAAGCUAUCGCUGGAGAGAGAUGCUGCUGCUGAGCGGCUCCGAGAAGAACUGGAAUUGGCAAAGCAGAUUGCUCGAGAAGAGGAGAUUUUGCGACACGAGGCGGCGGCUGCGGGUACUACGCCGAGCAACCCCAACAAGACCAGUGCCAAGAGGCCUGGCCGUCCCAGCAAGGCUGACAUACUGAGAAGAGAGGCUGAAAAGGCUCAGGCAGGCUUGGAGGUUCUAUUGCCUUCAGUUGGUUCUGCAGCCUCCGGCCCCUCGCUUUCCACGCCACAGAAAUCACAAAAGGUAGCGACUGAUACGCUAGAUGUUGAGGAUGGCGUGGAAGAGUACGAUGCGGCCGAGCAUCAUCACCAUAAAGUAUAUGCUGCCAAUCCUGUGGCUGCGUGGAAUUCUAGGUCUGUACAUUCCAAAUCAUCGCCAGCCACUCGUUCUCCGCGGAAAGCCAGAUCCGUGGCCAUCGGAGGCUUCACACCUGCGGCUCGGAGUUCUGGCAGGUGGCCUUCGAAAUCGCCCCGUGUGGCCGAGGCGUCCUCGCCGUCUGUCCUUGCACACAGUAUAGCCAAAGCUCCACGAAAGAAGGGAAAAGGAAAGCGGAAAGGGAAGGAAGCUGGGGAAUCUCGGCCUCUACCAGAGGAGCCCGAAUACGUGAUAGAAUGUAUCGAAGACCAACGAAUGUUCAAGGUCAAGGGCCAGGAGAAGCCCCAUUACCUGGUGAGGUGGGAAGGGAACUGGCCACCGGACCAGAAUCCGACCUGGGAGCCUGCCGAAAACUUACCCGCCAAGAUGGUAAAGAAGUUCCUCCGCAAAAAGGCCCAAAUGGACAUUGGCCGCUAUUCGAGUGUAGCUGAUGCGUUCGAGGGAGACCUUGAAGAGGCAGCUGGAGAUAUGGAUUACUACUCGUCUGACGAGAACCAGGACGCCGACAUGGAAGAGAUGCUGCUGGUCGAGGAGGGUUGA